CAAGUUCCUCUAUAAAUGGCCAAGUCAGGAAUCAAAACCCUCUCACCCACAAACCACUUCAGCUACAGCAAAAUGGACAUCUUCUCUAGAGGAGCAGCCAUGUUUUUUGGGCUUCUAAGCUUGGGAUUUGCAUUUCUGAAUGGUGGAUUUGCACAAGAUACUCUUGUUCCUGCCAUCAUUACAUUUGGAGACUCAGCUGUGGAUGUCGGGAACAAUGACUAUCUUCCUACAAUUUUCAAGGCCGAUUAUCCUCCUUAUGGGAGGGACUUUAUCAAUCAUAAGCCCACAGGGAGGUUCUGCAAUGGCAAGUUAGCCACCGACAUAACAGCUGAAACUCUUGGGUUCAAGACUUAUCCACCUGCAUAUCUUAGCCCCGAUGCAUCAGGAAAAAACCUUCUAAUAGGGGCUAACUUCGCAUCAGCUGCAUCUGGUUACGAUGAAAAAGCUGCCAGAUUAAAUCAUGCAAUUCCAUUGAGUCAACAGUUUCAGUACUUCAUGGAAUACAAGAGCAAGCUAGCGAAGGUGGCUGGAAGUAACAAAUCAGAAUCAAUCAUCAAGGAUGCUCUCUACUUAUUAAGUGCAGGAAGCAGUGACUUCCUCCAAAACUAUUAUGUCAAUCCUUUGCUAAACAAAGUCUAUACUCCUGAGCAGUAUGGCUCAUCACUAGUCACUGUAUUUACAAGCUUUGUUAAGAACUUGUAUGGUUCAGGUGCUAGGAGAAUUGGUGUGACUUCACUCCCACCAUUGGGUUGUCUUCCUGCGGCUCGCACUUUAUUUGGAUUUCAUCAGAGCGGGUGUGUGUCGAGGAUCAACACUGAUGCCCAGCAAUUUAACAGGAAGAUAAAUUCAGCUGCUAAAACUCUCAAAAAGCAACUUCCUGGUCUAAAAAUGGUCGUCUUCGACAUAUUCAAGCCGCUCUAUGACCUUGUUAAAUCUCCUUCAGCUAAUGGUUUCGUGGAAGCAAGAAGAGGUUGCUGUGGGACAGGGACUGUAGAGACGACGAUAUUGCUGUGCAAUCCAAAGUCUCUAGGCACUUGCCCCAAUGCUACUCAAUAUGUGUUCUGGGACAGUGUCCAUCCAUCUCAGGCAGCUAAUCAGGUUCUUGCGGAUGCACUCAUUGUUCAGGGUGCAUCUCUCCUUUAACGCCUGAUAUACAAAACUUCCUGUAGCCUGCUAUUGCAUUUCUACUAUUGUCUUAAUCAAAAGAUGUUGCAAAAGUCUUUGUCCUGAAUUCCAUGUAGAUUACGAAACUUAUUUCCUAUUAUGAGAAGUUCAACCGUAAAUUUCUGUCC